AUGGCUCCACAGCCACCUGAACAGUCAAUCGAGCAGUCAAUUGAUGAGCUUCCGCCUCCUGCAUGGACUUACGCUCACACCGCGACGCUACAGAAAGACAUCGCCAGAUUCACCUACUUCAUCAAUCAUCAAGUCGACAACAUCUCAGAGCACGACCCCAGGCCGCAGGAGCUACUCAAGCUUAUAAAGAAGGAGGUGGAACUCGACGACAUGAUGGGCCAUAUUGCUGCUCUUCACCCGCAGGUGAUCGAUUAUGGAGUCGCUGGGGAGAUUCAAGGGGUCGCACAAGAAAUCCCUACGAAGAAGGGAGUUCUUCCUGAACACCUACAGCCACCGUACCGUGACACCGAGAGGAAACAGAGGUCACGCGAGAAGACUCGGAUGCUGAAGCAUCCAGACAGCACGCCGGAGACGAGCGGUUCAUGUGAGACCCCCGAGACCAACACACCCGAAUCGGCUGAGGGAAGUCACCAUGAUGAAGGAGACAAGGAUCACGUGCCGUGA